AUGUCCGCCAGUCAUGCUGCCGGAAUUUCUGCCCAAUCCUCUUACUCGUACUAUGACCUGAUUGCCCGAUUGGCUGUAGGGGUUUAAGCUGGAAAGGUUGUCAUUGGUCCGAAACGCCCCAGCUUGCGGCCCAAGCCCGCCCCCCGUUCGGUUGCCGUGGUUGCAGGCCCGGCCCCGCCCGCUCGCUCGCUGACAGCGAGACUUAGGGCGGAGGGAAGUGGGUCCGUUGGUCGGUCGGGAACGAGGCUCCACCAGCGAGGCCCGCGCGGAAUCGUUGCCAUGGCAGCCGCUGCCGGGGGCGCAGACGAGGAGCCGCGUUCUGGCCGCUCGAGCUCUGAUGGCGAGUGCGCGGUGGCGCCGGAGCCGCUGAAGGGCCCCGAGGGCCUCUUCUCCUUCGCCAGCUUGGGGGCUGCGCUGGGCAGCGGUACGGACCUCCCCGGCCGGGCGUCCGACGGAGCCCAGUCCCCGCUGCGCUACCUCCAUCUCUUGUGGCAGCAGGACGCCGAGCCCCGCGACGAGCUGCGUUGCAAGAUCCCCGCUGGCCGACUGAGGCGCGCCGCCAGGCCCCACCGCAAGCUCGGGCCAACGGGCAAAGAGGUGCAUGCUCUGAAGAGGCUGAGGGACUCCGCCAACGCUAACGACGUGGAAACAGUGCAGCAGCUGCUGGAAGAUGGCGUGGAUCCCUGUGCAGCUGAUGACAAGGGCCGCACAGCUCUGCACUUUGCAUCCUGCAAUGGCAAUGACCAGAUCGUGCAGCUGCUCCUGGACCAUGGGGCUGAUCCCAAUCAGCGAGACGGGCUAGGGAACACGCCUCUGCACCUGGCGGCCUGCACCAACCAUGUUCCUGUCAUCACCACACUGCUGCGAGGGGGUGCCCGCGUGGAUGCCCUGGAUCGAGCUGGUCGCACACCCCUGCACCUGGCCAAGUCAAAGCUGAACAUCCUACAGGAGGGCCACUCCCAGUGCCUGGAGGCCGUGCGGCUGGAGGUGAAGCAGAUCAUCCAGAUGCUGAGGGAGUACCUGGAGCGCCUGGGGCGGCAUGAGCAGCGGGAACGGCUGGACGACCUCUGUACCCGCCUCCAGAUGACCAGCACCAAAGAGCAGGUGGAUGAGGUGACCGACCUCCUGGCCAGCUUCACCUCCCUCAGCUUGCAGAUGCAGAACAUAGAGAAGAGGUAGCAAAAGAGGCUCCCUGCCUCCCGGCUCUGCCGCUGCCCUACCCUUGCCCCAGCUGCUCGCUCAUUACACAGAGAAAGCCCAGUGUCUGGGACUUUGGAGCUACCCUUGUCUGGUGAGGGCCCCCCCUCACCUCCAGAUGAUGUGGGGCAGAGAGAUUCUCACCACAACUGCAGAGCCGCUCUCACCACUGUCUCCGUCAUCUCUGGGGACUGGGACUGCAGCCCCAGUUUCUUCCUCUGACUCCCACAGUACCAGGCCAGCCUCUGUAGCCACCCGUCCGCUCUGGCUGCCUUGUGCCGUCCUAGCAGGCCUCACUCUCCUGUGGCCAGCAGGCCCAGUGCUGGCUGGCCUCCCCGGAGCCCUCACCAGACCCCAGAUUCUUCUCUGUUUCCCUUUUGAAUGUGGGCUUGUUCAGUCAGCGGGGUACGGGCUCAGGGCAAGCACACCCCAGCCCAGGAGGCUGCAGCAGGCUGGCCCUGCCCCUGUCACCAGCACUUGGACUUGUCACCUGACUUUCAAGGAGACACAGCAGUGAGCUUCUCUGGCUGGAUGGGGAGGGUUAGUGAAACCCAGACCUUAAAUAUACAAGGUUAGGAAGGACCCUGCUGAACCCAAAGUGGAAAACCCCUAACCCAUUUUCUUCCAGUCAUUGAGACUCCAGGGGGGUAUAGCAGUUGUGGUAGAUUGAAUAAUGGCCCCCCACGGUAUCCGUAUUCUAAUCGCAGGAACCUGUGAAUGUUACUUCAUGUGGCAAAAGGGAUUUUGCAGAUGUGAUUAAGUUAAGCAUCUUGAGAUGGGGGAUUAUCCUGGAUUAUCCAGGCGGGCCUGAUGUGAUCACAGAGUCCUUAUAGGAGGGAGGCUGGAGAUCUGAGAGGAAGUAGAUCUGAGGAUGGAAGCAAGAGGUUGGAGUGAUACAAGGAAGGGGUUAUGAGCCAAGGAGUACCGAAGUUAGAGAAGGAAAUGGACUCUCCCCUCAGAGCCUCCUGAAGGAACCACCCUGCCAACCUUGACAGUGACACUCAUUUCAGACUCUG